AUGAUCAGUGUGGUCCGAGUUUCGACUCCCCAAGUCAAGAACUUCAUCUCGCCCAAAGUUCCAACGCAGGGGGUUCCUUGCAACACCGGUCCAGUUACUCCACCCUUCUCGGGAGAUUCACAGUUAAUAAGCGAUGGGCUAUUCAUAGUCGAAGGCGGAUUGGAGCGACGAUUUGAGCACGCAGAUGGGGCGACCCCGUCUAAGUGGCAAAAAAAAAAGUCUCGAAUUUACGAUCCGUAUGGGGAAUGUCGCAGGAAAGCGAACUUUGAAAUACCUCUCAACUCACGAGUCACGACAAAAGAGGGGCCUAAUUAA